UUGCAUCUGAAUUUAAUUGUGGGAAAAUGAACACAUUUAUUGAAAACCAAAAAUCUUGUAAACAAGAGAAAUUGAAGAAAAUUGUGAAACACAGGAUUCACGGGUCAUGUCCGUUGGAUUCUUUUUUCGAGGAGGAUGAUGAAAAAAUAGUCCAUGCUGAAGAGUUUGAGUUGUGGAUUCAUAAGGGUCUUCUACAUCAUCCUAUUAUGAGGCAGGAUUGGGAGCAUGGUACUAUCGAUCCACCUCUUGAUUUUAACGUUGCUAAAAUUAGUGAUAAGGCAUGGUUUUAUACCCUCUUCGCGCCGGGAUAUUUUUGGGAAGCUAGUCAUAUUGAAGUUAUUUUCUACUACUUGAGAAAAAUCGGGUUGUAUUCGGAUUCGAAAAUAGCCGUGAGAUACACAACUACUGAUCCACUUUUUGAUGAAACAAUCAAGUCGUUGUAUAUGAGGUAUAUUGAGCAUGCUUCGGAAAGUGUCAUUAAUGUCUCCAGCCUCAUUUCUGAUUAUAUAAUGGGUUACAAACAAAUAUGUGGCAAACCAUGGGUUGAAGUUGAUCACGUUCUAUUCCCGAUGUACAUUGAGCUAGACAAAGUAGGUCGAUGGAUCCUUGGCAGACUUUCGUUCUUUGAUAGAUUAUUUUAUGUUUAUAACUCGCGUUGGUCGGUAAAUGAUGAUUCCGAAGUUGCAAAAUCUGUGAAGUGCUACUCAGAUAUCUUGCCAAUUUUUUUGGACCUUGUUGGAUUAUAUAAGAAAAGGUGUGAUAUCAAACAGAAGAAUUGGCGAUAUGCGAGAAAGAAAAAUUCUGAGCCUUUCGAUAUUGUUAUUGUUAAGGGGCUGCCAGGAGAAAGACUCGGCAUGGAAACCUCAAACUGGAACAUGGUUAUCAAAGUGCAGAUGAAUCCCCAGGUCUUCUACCCGAUGAUGCAAGAA